AUGGCGCCCAGGGACAACCAGGAGCUGGUGCCGCUUACCGACGGCAGCGGUCGCCCGAACGAUGACGACGAACUGGAGGGCCAACGGCCGCAGAAGAGAUCGGCCGCUACGUGUCUAGACGACAACGGCGGCGGCGGGGGAGGCGGCAAAGGACAGCUACAGACGGCGACGAACGACAUGAAGACGUCCAUGCUCGCCUGUCAGCAGGUCAUUGGACUUGGCACUCUCUGGAGAUUUCCCUACGUGUGCCUCAAGUACGGUGGUGGUACAUUUUUAAUACCUUAUAUGAUCAUUAUGUGCUUAGUGGGUUAUCCAUUACUUAUUAUGGAAAUCGGAAUCGGUCAAAAAUUGAGACACAAUAGCAUAACAAUAUGGACAACAAUUAAUCCUCAAUUAGGAGGUAUUGGUAUAGUAAUGUGCUUAGUUAAUAUCGGUAUGGCUUGCUACUACGGAACGAUCAUAAAUUGGGGAACUAAAUAUAUGAUCGACAUGAACAAGUUUCCAGACUUGUGGCCUCCACAUGGGCAACCAUCUAUUGAUCCCAAAAGAUCUCAGUCAUUCUGGCACAAAACUGUAUUAAACGUAACAAGUUCUAUUGAUGAAACUAGUGAUAUACAAACGGGCCAAGCGUUUUCAUUGUUUUUCACAUGGUUUUCUUUAGCUUUAAUGUUGGCAGCAGCUUGGAUUUCAUGUAAAAACAAGUAUAUACAGGCGUUCAUUAAUUAUUCGAAUUCAAUGUUUCAAAGAUUACCAUUUUAUAUUCAAAUUAUGACAUGCGCAAUUCCACCAUUUUUGUUAGUUGUUGUAUACAUUGUAGAAUCAGGUUAUGGAUAUAUUAGCUUCUUGUAUAUCACGUCUGUAGAGUUAAAAGACUUGUUGGUUUUCCCGAUCUGGGUUGACGCAGUUAUCCAAGUAUUCUGUUCAUUGGGAUUAGUGCAUGGUCCGUGGACGUCUUUCGGUUCAUCUUCUAAACGUAAAAGCAAUUUUCUGUUGACUGCUACUGUGGUGGUAUCUUUCAGUUUCAUUUUAGUCUUUGUGUGGACUUGGUUUAUAGUUUCCACAAUAAUACCAAAUGUUUUACAAGACAUUAAAAAUUGCGUAAUCGGAUCAGCUUAUAAAUGGGAUAAUUCUAAAGACAUGCCUGCACACGUGUUUUACAGCAAUAAUUAUGAUGCGCUAAUUGCUAGUCGAAAAUUAGACGACACUCUAAUGAGUUUUGAUGUACAAGAAUGUAACAUGGAAAAUCAAUUCAAAUUGGCAAGCAAUGGUGUUGGCCUGAUGUUUAUAGCACUCGGAGAGUUUACUACAACUUUUUCAUUUGAAAAAAUUACUGGCUUUAAUCAAACCAAAUUUGUCAUUAACAUUCCGCAAAUACUAGUUCUAACAAUUGGUACAGCAUGGUUGAUACGUGUAUUGAGCUGGUUUGUCUGGGCACUUACUGAAGUUAAAUGUUUAAAAAAAUUGUCUACAUUUUGUAUUUCAAGCAUACUUUGUACAAUAUGUUGUAUCUGUGGAUUGGUAUUUACAACUAGAACGGGUGUAUAUUGGCUGUCAUUAUACACUGAAGUUUUUAUUAAUCCGUGUUUGACGGUGUUAGCUCUAUGCGAGGUUCUAAUUAUUGUUUUCAUAUAUGGAUAUAAACAAUUCUUACUUGAUAUAUAUGAUAUGACUGGACAUACAAUUGGUCGUCUUUCUAUAUUCAUCUGGAGACAUGUUACUCCGAUGUUGCUGAUAUUAACAUUCUCGUCUAUCUUGACGGUCGGUAUUUUGGAUGGCUUCAGAUAUGAAGUCUGGACACAUAGGAGUAAUUUCUUAACAAAGAUGAGGUAUCCAUACUGGGCUCAACUAAUAGUUUGGGCGAAUACAGCUGUAUGUCUUCUACUAAUAUUGGCAUUCUGCAUAGUGGAUAGUCGACAAAACCUGACUUUCAAAUUUUUAGAAACCCUGAAUAAAGCAAAAAAAACUACUACUGGACAUAUGAAGCGAUCAGACUCGGGGUUGUCUGGAAAAGGCAUUAUCACUGAAAUUGAUUUUGACGAUUGUCACGAUUCAGAGAAUGAUGAGGAGCUGGAUACUUCACUAGCCCAAGCUCCAGUACGUAUGUAUAAAAUUGAGGUUCUCGACUCUUGGAAAUCUGCAAGAGGUCAAGUUUACCUUUAA